CUUCCUCGAUUCUAGUUAUUCAAAUUUCCAUUUUCAAAAUCAAAACACAAAAAAUACAACACAACUCCAGUGGGUAAACGUAAAUAAGAAAAGAUCGUCACUCAACGGAUUCUUAAUUCAUAAAAUUCGAAUUCUUGCUUCUUAUUAGAAACGACAAUAAGUUAAUAUACAAUCUAGCGAUGACGGCGGAUAAAGUCGAAGAAGAAGAAGAUAUUGGCAGUACAUCAAGUGACUCUUUUAUAAAUGAUAGUGACGAUGACGAACCCUCAAUAUCUGGUCCGGAUGAUGAGAUGCAUCAUGAGCCAGUUCUCACCGAUGAAGACAUUGAACGUCUAAUUGCUGAGCUUUUGGCAGUUGAAAGCAAGGCUGCAGAAGCCCAAGAAGCACUUGAAGACGAGUCGCUAGCAAAAGUGGAAGUUGAAGUGCGGGAAGAGUUGGCACAGUCUCUUGAGGGGGAAGCUCUGGAGAGUGCUGUUGGUGAUGAAAUGUUAGCUCUUAGGGAAAAAUGGGAAGAUGAGCUUGAUGAACUUGAAACAGAGAGUGCUCACUUGUUGGAGCAACUUGAUGGUGCUGGAAUUGAACUCCCUAGUCUCUACAAGUGGAUAGAAACUCAGGCCCCUAAUGGAUGCUGUACAGAAGCAUGGAAAAAUAGGACUCACUGGGUUGGAUCGCAGGUUACCGGGGAUGCUACUGAAUCAAUUGCAGAUGCUGAGAAGUAUCUGCAAACUCACAGGCCUGUCAGAAGAAAUCAUGGUAAACUUCUGGAGGAAGGUGCAAGUGGGUUUCUUGCGAAACGUCUUGCUCCUGAUGAUGACAACAAAACCAGUUGUGAAGUAGAUUGGUCCUCUUUCAACAAAUUGUGCUCUUCAUCAACAAAUGAUAAUUCAUUUGGAAGCAAAAAUUGGGCGUCUGUAUACAUGGCCAGUACACCUCAACAGGCUGCAGAAUUGGGGCUCAAGUUUCCUGGUGUAGAUGAGGUUGAGGAGAUAGAUGAUAUCGACGGGAGUUCGAAUGACCCGUUUGUUGCUGACGCUAUAGUGACGGAGAGAGAACUAUAUACGUCUGAAGAUCAUAAGAACUUCAGAAAGGUUAAAGAAGAAGAUGAUGUAAAUCUUGACCGUAGACUUCUUUUCCGUUUGAGCCAAAAGCGACAGAGAAGGAAAUUAAAGCAGGAGGGUAUCAGGGAAGCCGAGCGAACUAACAACAGCAAUGGUAACACAUAUGAAAAUGCGGACCACAGGAUAUCGAGUGAUGUUGACAUGCCAGAUCAAAAGAGUAAUCGUCUUUGUGGGACCAAACGGCUAUCUGACAGUUGUGAAAAUUCUGAUAGUAAGAAGUGCAGGACUGCAAAUACUGACAUAUCUGAUGCCGAACUUGUUGCAGUGGACGGAUCUGCUUCUCCAUGCAGUGUGAGCGAAAAUGAUCAACCUGAUAAAGUAGAAAAUGGAGAUGGCACAUCUGAUGAAUUUCAUUGCACUGCUUGUGAUAAAGUUGCUGAUGAAGUGCAUACACAUCCACUCUUCAAAGUAAUUAUUUGCAGAAAUUGCAAAUAUUUAUUAGACGAGAAAAUGAAAGAAACGGAUCCGGAUUGCGCUGAAUGUUUCUGUGGAUGGUGUGGGAAAAGAGGGGAUUUAUUAAAAUGUAAGUCAUGCAAAAAUCUGUUCUGUAGUUCCUGUAUAAAGAAGAAUCUUGGAGAAGAAUGUUUUUUAAAAGCACGAGAUUUUGGAUGGGAAUGCUGUUGCUGCUCUCCAAGUAUCUUGAAGCCAUUAACUUUGCAGCUGGAAAAAGCUUUUAUUUCUAGAAGCGAAUCAUCUUCAAGUUCAGAAAGUGAUUCAGAUGACUCUGAGGAUUCAGAGGAUGGUUUCAAGGUUCCGGUUAGCAAAAAGAGACGAAAGAAGAAAAUUCGCAGAAUCCUUGAUGAUGCUGAAUUAGGAGAAGACACUAAAAAGAAAAUUGCGAUUGAAAAGGAACGUCAAGAACGUCUUAAGUCACUGGAAGCUGAGCGUCUGAAGUCACUAAAAUCACUAGAAACAAGUUAUGCAAAUUCUAGGGCAACCACAUCUGAGGGUGUUACUGUUAACAUGCUGGGUGAUGCACAAACAGGUUAUAUUGUAAAUGUUGUGAGGGAGGAAAAAGAGGAGGCUGUUAGGCUUCCUCAGAGCAUCUCAAGCAAAUUGAAAUCUCAUCAGGUUGCAGGUAUAAGGUUCAUGUGGGAAAAUAUCAUACAAUCAAUUAGGAAAGUCAGGUCAGGGGACAAGGGACUUGGUUGCAUUCUUGCGCAUACCAUGGGGCUAGGUAAAACCUUGCAGGUUAUAGCUUUUCUGUAUGCUGCAAUGAGAAGUGUUGACAUAGGAUUAAGAGCCGCAAUGAUCGUGACACCCGUGAAUGUUUUGCACAAUUGGAGGCAUGAGUUCACAAAAUGGAGACCCACCGAAUUUAAGCCUCUUCGUGUCUACAUGCUUGAAGACGUCCCAAGAGAUAGGAGACUUGAGUUGUUAAUGAAGUGGAGAGCUAAAGGUGGUGUUUUCUUGAUUGGCUAUACUAAUUUCCGUAAUUUAUCGCUUGGAAAGCAUGUCAAGGAUCGUAACAUGGCUAAGGAAUUUUGCAGGACUCUUCAGGAUGGACCUGAUAUACUUGUCUGUGAUGAGGCUCACAUGAUUAAAAACACUAGGGCUGAUACAACCCAGGCCUUGAAGUUAGUCAAAUGCCAGCGACGGAUAGCAUUAACAGGCUCGCCUCUUCAAAAUAACCUCAUGGAGUAUUUCUGUAUGGUUGAUUUUGUGAGGGAAGGAUUUCUUGGAAGCAGUCAAGAGUUUCGAAACCGUUUCCAAAACCCUAUUGAGAAUGGUCAACACACAAAUUCUACGUCAGAUGAUGUGAAAAUUAUGAACCAGAGAUCUCAUAUCCUCUAUGAACAAUUGAAGGGAUUUGUUCAACGAAUGGACAUGAACGUUGUGAAGAAGGAUUUACCCCCCAAAACUGUUUUUGUUAUUGCUGUGAAACUUUCUCCUGUGCAAAGGGCGCUAUACAAAAGAUUUCUGGAUGUACAUGGGCUCACACAAGAGAAGGCUUCUAAUGAGAAGACCAGGAAGAGUUUUUUUGCCAGUUACCAAGCAUUGGCUCAGAUAUGGAAUCAUCCUGGAAUAUUGCAACUAAUGAAAGACAAAGACUUCAGCAAACGUGAAAAUGUUGAGAAUUUUUUUGAGGAAAGCUCCAGUGAUGAUAACCUAGACUAUACAAUGGGCAACGGAGGUAAAUUGAGGAACAGGAAUGACCAUUCAUCUAGAAAAAAUGUUAGUGGCUUUUUCAAGGAGAAUUGGUGGGAUGAUCUUGUUAUGGAGAACAGUUAUGAGGCUGAAAAUAGUGGUAAAAUGGUUCUGCUGCUAGAUAUUUUAACUAUGAGCUCUGAUGUUGGUGAUAAGGUACUUGUUUUCAGCCAAAGUAUACCGACACUUGAUCUGAUCGAACGCCAUAUAUCCAAAUUGAAUCGGAAUGGGAAAAGUCGGAAAUGUUGGAAAAGGGGAAAGGACUGGUACAGACUAGAUGGACGAACCGAGGGGUCAGAGAGACAAAAACUCGUUGAGAAGUUCAACGAUCCCUCAAAUAAGAGGGUUAAAUGCACUUUAAUAUCAACCAGGGCUGGAUCUCUUGGUAUCAACCUUUAUGCUGCUAACCGUGUUGUUAUUGUUGAUGGCUCUUGGAACCCAACAUACGAUCUUCAGGCUAUUUAUCGGGCUUGGAGAUAUGGACAGACAAAACCGGUGUUUGCAUACCGCCUAAUGGCACAUGGCACCAUGGAAGAAAAGAUUUAUAAACGUCAGGUAACGAAGGAGAGUCUUUCAGCAAGAGUGGUUGAUAGGCAGCAAGUACAUAGGACAAUAUCUAAAGAAGAGAUGUUGCAUCUGUUUGCCUUCGGGGAUGAUGAAAACCUAAAUGCUUCAGCUAAGGCUGACCUGGUGAAUAGCAAGAUAGCAGCUGCGCAUAGUGCCAGUGAAGUCGCAAGUUGUUCGAAACAGAAAAGUCCUCUUGUUUCUUCCGACAAAUUUAUGGAAGUAUUACUUGGUAAACAUCAUCCAAGAUGGAUUGCAAAUUAUCAUGAACAUGAGAGUCUUUUACAAGAGAACGAAGAUGAGAAACUGUCGAAGGAAGAACAAGACAUGGCCUGGGAAGUCUACCGUAGAACCUUAGAAUGGGAAGAAGUCCAGAGGAAUCCAGUUGACGGACCCAUACCCCCACCCCCACCCCCACCUAUUGUAAAAGCCACCGUGAAUGAUGUCUCAGAAGCCAAACCAACUGUUCAACCUGAACCCAGAAUCAAGAAGCCAACUACGAUUACCCGAGUGUGUUCCAGGAACCGUGUAGUGCUUCGAAAAUGCACAAAUCUAGCCCAUAUGCUAACCCUAAGGAGUCAAGGUGUGAAACCAGGUUGCACCACCAUAUGUGGUGAAUGUGGUCAGGAAAUUAGCUGGAGUGGUCUCACUAAGUGAACAUUGGUAACACAACAAAAGCCCUAAUUUUUGGUCAUACAUCGGACAUGGAAGUUAACAGAUGCUUUUGAUGGAGAUGACAUAGUGUAAAGCUUUUAUAUUAUAUGGUGAAUGUGGGAUUAGCCCCCUUUUCCGGUGUCCCAAUAGCCUUUAGUGACCAACCUAGUUAGAAUUUGGUACUUGAAGGGUUGGUCUCAUACAUUUUAGAGUUUCUGGUGAAUGGCCUUUUUAAGCAAAGAACAUAUGCUAUUUUGGCACUUGCGCUAGCGCUAUUGAUAUUGGAAGUCAUUGAUAUCGGAAUGCAUGAAUGUUUUACCUUAA